AUUGAGCCCACUUUGACACCCUUAGUUGGAAUCAAGUCUUGGUUUAUGUGUGUCAAAGGCCAUUGGGCCAUUAAGACAAUGUGGCCCAUCAUGUUAUUGGGUGUAGUGGUUUGACCGACAUUGUUCAAAAAAGUCAAGCUUAGGUAGUAUAUAUAAUGAAGAUCUUAACCAGAAAAAGAUUUAAGCUAAGAAAAGAACUUGCUAAACCUAAUCUUGAACAAAAGUAAGAAGUAUAAACAGGAAGAUCAAAACGCAGUUUGCCAACCAACCCUAAUACUCGUGUGAGCGGAGAACAAAUUCACUUUUCAGUACGAUUCCGAUGAACGCUACAGAACAGUCUCUUCUCCAUGCGUUUUCGAAGAAAUCUUCGACCGUCGAAGACCAGGAGAUGCCCAUCCGACCUCUCAAUGCCUCAAGCGCAGAGAAACCGGAGAUCGACGUUGCAAUUGGGGGUCUCUUCGACAUAUUGAAGGCUGAGAAAUCUGUCGUCGAGAAGGAGCCUGAGGCAUUCCGACAAGCCGUGGGCAAUAUUCUCGAGCGGCGUUUGUUCUACAAUCCAUCUUUCGAUAUCUACGGUGGCAUCACCGGACUUUUAGAUUACGGUCCUAGUGGCCGCCUUGUUGAACUUAAUGUACUUAGCCUCUGGCGUAAGUUUUUCGUUAAUGAGGAGGACAUGCUUGAAGUUGGUUGUUCAGCUUUAACACCAGAGAUUGUUUUCAAUGCAUCUGGGCACGUAAAAAAGUUCACUGAUCUUAUGGUCAAGGAUGAGGUAAAUGGAGCAUUUCACCGUGCGGACCACUUGGUCAAGGGUUAUUGUGAAAGUCGAAAGAAAGAUGUUACCAUCUCUGCUGAGAAAGCUGCUGAAUUGGACAAUGUUCUCGCUGUUGUGGAAGAUCUUUCUGCUGAAGAGCUUGGUGCCAAAAUAAAGGAGUAUGGUAUCACUGCUCCCCACACUAAGAAUCCACUUUCUCAUCCUCCUCGCCCGUUCAACUUGAUGUUUCAAACAUUCUUUGGCCCAACUGGUUCAUCUCUCGGUUACCUCCGUCCUGAAACUGCUCAAGGCAUUUUUGUGAACUUUAUGAACUAUUAUAAUGACAAUGGGAGAAAACUUCCUCUUGCCGUGGCUCAAGUUGGUCGAGUCUUUAGGAAUGAGAUAUCUCCUCGUCAAGGGCCUAUUAGAGCUCGCGAAUUCUUGCUGGCAGAAAUUGAACACUUUGUCGAUCCUGAGAAUAAGUCACAUCCCAAAUUCCCUGAUGUAGAAUUAUUGGAAUUCCUUAUGUUUCCAAGAGAAGAACAAGAAAAGUCUGGCCAAUCUGCUAAAAAACUUUGCCUCGGCGAAGCUGUUGCCAAGGGGACUGUCAACAGUGAAACUCUAGGAUACUUCAUUGGGAGAGUGUAUCUUUUCCUUGUCCAUCUUGGCAUAGACAAGGAACGGCUGCGUUUCCGCCAGCACAAAGCAAAAGAAAUGGCCCACUAUGCAGCAGAUUGUUGGGAUGCUGAAAUUGAGUGUUCAUAUGGGUGGAUUGAAUGUGUUGGAAUUGCAGAUCGGUCUGCUUACGACUUAUGUGCCCACUCCGAAAAAAGUGGCGUUUCUCUUGUGGCUGAAGCGAAAUUGGCAGAGCCUAAAGAAAUAGAGAAACUUGUUAUUACUCCUGUGAAGAAAGAACUGGGUGUUGCAUUCAAGGCAGAUCAAAAGAAUGUGGUUGAAGCUUUAGAGGCGAUGAAUGAGCAAGAAGCUAUGGAGCUGAAGGCAACCCUGGAAUCCAAAGGUGAAGCAGAGUUUGAAGUGUGUACCCUCGGGAAAAACGUGACCAUCAAGAAGAACAUGGUGUCAAUCUCAAAGAAGAGGACGGAAGUGCGCAAGCGGUUUUUCACUCCGUCAGUGAUUGAACCAUCGUUUGGUAUUGGUCGGAUUAUGUAUUGUCUCUACGAGCAUUGUUUCAGCACAAGGCCAAGCAAGGCGGGAGAUGAGCAACUGAAUGUGUUCCGUUUCUCUCCUCUUGUAGCACCCUUCAAGUGCACGGUUUUGCCGCUUGUGCAGAACCAACAAUUAGAGGAAGCAGCGAAAGUCAUUUCCAAACAACUCAAAUCUGAUGGCAUCAAACACAAGAUUGAAAUCACUGUUACGUUAAAACAGAUUGAAACUAUAAGUGCUUAUAUUUUCAAAAAGGAGCAACUAUAAUUGAGAAGAUUCACGCUUGUGUGUGUGUGUGUGUGAGUGUGUGUGAAUAGGUGCAUCCAUAGGAAAGAGAUAUGCAAGAGCCGAUGAGCUUGGUGUGCCAUUUGCAAUAACAGUGGAUUCACCGACAUCAGUCACGAUAAGGGAAAGAGAUAGCAGAGACCAAGUCCGAGUCAGCUUGAAAGAGGUAGCUUCCGUCGUGACCUCCAUGGCUGAGGGGAAGAAGACGUGGCAAGACGUCUGUGCAAGGUUGAAUGGUUAGGGUCGGGGCUGUGUUUACAAAUACUAAGCAGUAUUAUUUCAUGCAUGUUCUUGCUACUAAUGAAACCAGUUGUAAUUAACCUAGUUAAGAUUGUUAACUACAUACGUUAGAUAAACUAAAACUAUGUUAAGUGUGCUUUAAAAACUGUUAUUAUACGGAUUGAGAUGUUAUCACUAUACCAGUGAGGAAUUACGACCA